CCGCCGUUGGUUUUUUCUUUUGCUGAAAAUACAAAACAUUUUUACAUUUACAAAUAAAUAAUUAAAAUUUCCACUUGUGCUGAACUUUAAUUUUAGUAAAAUAAUCUGGAGAAAAAAAAAAAAGUAGCAAAUAAACAGAGGGGAGAGAAAGCAGCUAUCACUUGAGCGUCCAGAGCGACUGUUUCUCCAACGUGCGAGAGAGCAUCUCUGCAGAGCCGUCUCUUCUCCUCUCAUUCACGCGCCGUCUCUGAACCUCAGAUCAUUAUUAUCGCUUGGUCUCUCCAUAGAGAAUGGAAUUAGAUUCAGACAAGAACCUAUUAAAAACAGGUCUGGCUAUAAUAGCGACACUUGUUCUCGCCAAACUCAUCUACACCAUCUUCACAUCCUCUUCCAAGAAGAAGCGUCUCCCUCCCACUCUCAAAGCAUGGCCGCCACUCAUCGGAAGCCUUCUCCGUUUCUUGAAAGGUCCCAUCGUUAUGCUCAGAGACGAGUAUCCUAACCUCGGAAGCGUCUUCACAGUCAACCUCCUCCACAAAAAGAUGACAUUUCUCAUCGGUCCUGAAGUCUCCGCUCAUUUCUUCAAGGCCCCUGAGUCUGAUCUCAGCCAGCAAGAAGUCUACCAGUUCAAUGUCCCCACUUUUGGCCCUGGUGUUGUCUUUGAUGUUGAUUACUCUGUUCGUCAGGAACAGUUUAGGUUCUUCACUGAGGCUCUUAGGGUUAAUAAGUUAAAGGGCUAUGUGGAAAUGAUGGUUACUGAAGCUGAGGAUUUUUUCUCGAAAUGGGGAGAGAGUGGUGAAGUUGAUUUAAAGACUGAGCUAGAGCGUCUCAUCAUCUUAACUGCAAGUAGAUGUUUACUUGGUCGUGAAGUUCGUGACCAGCUUUUCGAUGACGUCUCUGCUUUGUUUCAUGACCUUGACAACGGCAUGCUUCCCAUCAGUGUUCUCUUUCCCUACCUCCCAAUCCCAGCUCACCGUCGUCGUGACCGGGCCAGAGAAAAGCUUUCCGAGAUCUUCGCAAAGAUCAUAGGGUCGAGGAAACGCUCUGGCAAAUCAGAGAACGACAUGUUGCAGUGUUUCAUCGAGUCCAAGUAUAAGGAUGGUAGGCAGACGACUGAGUCCGAGGUAACGGGUUUGCUUAUCGCUGCUCUGUUUGCAGGACAGCACACGAGCUCUAUCACUUCCACUUGGACCGGUGCUUAUCUGAUGAAGUACAAGGAGUACUUCUCUGCUGCUUUGGAUGAGCAGAAGAAGCUGAUGGAGAAACAUGGAGACAAGAUUGAUCAUGAUAUCUUGUCCGAGAUGGAUGUUCUCUACCGAUGUAUUAAGGAAGCGUUGAGGCUUCACCCUCCAUUGAUCAUGCUCAUGAGAGCCUCUCACAGUGAUUUCAGCGUGACGGCCCGGGAUGGUAAAACCUUUGACAUCCCAAAGGGUCACAUCGUUGCAACCUCGCCUGCGUUUGCCAACCGCUUGCCGCAUAUCUUCAAAGAUCCAGACAUGUACGACCCGGAUAGAUUCUCCCCUGGAAGAGAAGAGGACAAAGCUGCAGGAGCGUUUUCGUACAUUGCCUUCGGUGGAGGAAGGCACGGAUGUCUUGGAGAGCCCUUUGCUUACCUGCAGAUCAAAGCCAUAUGGAGUCAUUUGCUGAGGAAUUUUGAGCUUGAGUUGGUUUCACCGUUCCCUGAGAUCGAUUGGAACGCUAUGGUGGUUGGUGUUAAAGGCAGUGUGAUGGUGCGUUACAAGCGUCGCCAACUGUCUUAAAUAGACAGGUUUAAGGUUGUAUUGCGAAUCUGGUUGUUCUCUUUGCUUUUGUCCCUCUCUGGUUUUUAGUAUUGUUGUUGGUUUGUUCUUCUGCUUCUUUACCUGUUUUUCUUUGCCCUUUAAGUGAAACUUGAUUUCUAGUUUUCCAAGUUUGUUGGUACUGCCGAAUGUUCUAAUUCCAGUUGAGAUUUGUUUAGUUUAUGUUCUGUUACUACUCGCAUAGUUAAACCAAUUUUAC